UUAUUCUGCUUCUUAAACCCCUAUUCUGCUUAGUGCUUUCAGACUAAACCCUAGCCCUCUGUGUAUAUGCGCGCGCGCAACCCUAGAAUCGAUAAUGCAUAUGGCGAAUACGGGGUUUUAUCAAACGGAUUGCGAGUCGAUUUUGUCACAAAUUAAGCAGCAAGAGAAGCAGAUCAUUCUCAAAAGAAGAUUGUUACUGGGGCUUCCUGCAUCCAAAUCAAAACGGAAGCAGUUUGAAGGACCCAAGUUUUUGAAAUAUAUGUCUUUACCCGAGUCUUUGCUUAGGGAAGAUGAUAUGUUCUAUGAGACCAUAAAAGCGCGUAUUGAGGAAGCCUUUGGAGCAUGUAAUGCUGAAGGAAAUGUUAUGCAAGAUGAAAUGAAAUUGUUUGGCACACACAAUAUAACAAGAACAAUCAUGUCAUACCUUGAUGAUUUGACCAAUAAGGGGCUAUACCUUCUUGCUAUGGUUCUUACAGGAGGCUCUGCAAAGUUUGAGAAAACUCGUUGGAGGAUGAAGAAGGUAAUUAGAGACCAUCUUCCAAAAGUUCUUGGAAGCCGAAAUCACAAUCAUCGCCAAAUGGAAAUUUGCAGAGAGCUAUCUCAACUUCUCUUUAACCCACAAAAUUUUCGAGAAAAAUGUGUGACCUUUUUGACUCCCCAAUCCCAAUCUCAUCAUGCUGCUGUAACUAAGGUCCUGUGCGAAGUACAAAACUUGCCUUGCGUGACCCUGAUUGCAAUGUACAGGAAACUUAAAGGUGCCCAAGCAGGCAAGCCUCAAUUAGUGCCCCGCAGACAUGGAUGGCGUCGAGAUUAUUUAAUAAAAAAAGUGAGGAAAGCUAGCAAAAAGAUGCUUUCAGAACUUGCUGAAGGGGAUGAGUUACAAGAGCCGCUAGCCAAAGCAAUGGCAAUACCAGGCUUAUUGCUAAAGCUAACACCAGGUUUUCAAAAUUCCUCUGUAACAGAGUUUUACCCAUUCUCUUCAGAAAUUAAAAGACUGCAGAAUGAGAUAGCAAAGGCUAUUUGGUCACUAAAAACGAAGAUUAGGUUACCAGAGCUGAAAAACUUGCAGCUUCUAUUAGAUCCAAAUGCUAAAGUAUCAAAUCGGUCUUUACGAGCUGGAAUUAGGAAAAUGUUAACUGAAUAUCUCUUUGAGUGCAGUGAAAUGGAUGCCAUUCCAAAGUCUCUAUUGGAAGCUCUUGCUAUUAUCAAUAGUAACUCUCGAAGUACACCACUUGGAUGCUUUAGAAAGGAGGAAGUUGAAGAAGAAGUAGAAUGCAUAUUGAAUGUGAGUGCUCACACAAAGCAGAUUGUUUUGGAUUUGCUGCCUGACCAUGACUUUGAUCAAGAUUUUGCUGAUGCAUAUAUGGAGGAAUUAGAAGAAAGUGACAAUGGUGGUGAUGAUAGCGAUGAUGAUGGUUGGCUCCAGGAAGGUAGAAGCUCUCAGGGUAGUAGGUCUCACUAUAUUGAUUCUGAUUACCAAGAAGAAAGUCCUGGAGAGUCGAUACAAUCCGAUUUUAAGCCACCUACCCCUACAACUAAGGAGAAUGGCUCUUCCUCCCUCCUUACUCCCCAAAAAAGUUUAGACACUGAUUCUGUUGGGGGCCUUGAACCUAAGCAUUUUACGGAAAUGGAUUCCGUCACUUGUCAUGGUAUCAUUUCCCCCUCUCCAUUAUCGGAGUCAAGAUUUUUUAGCAGCAUGGUACACAUGGAUAUGAACCAAAACAAAGUUGAAGGUAACAGUGGGUCCAGCACGCCUAAAACAAAUGGAAAUGAUUUUCCCUCACCUGUUUCAACAAACAGAAGGUUCGAGAGACAUGAACCUGAAUACAAUUCUGGAGUAGAUCUGGCAAACUCUUCACCUCUCAUUUCUUCAAACUUUUCAUGUGGGGAGCAAAAAGAUGUUAAUGACAAGCAAAGCAUGUGUAAGAACCAAUACCUUGCCAUCCAAGAAGUUUGUGAUGAAACAAGUAUGGUUGCCUACAAUCUCGUUGGUCAUUUGCUGGAGGAGUUUGCAAAAACAGAAGGCUUAGAUUUGGACUGGAGAGAUAGAUUGUAUCUAAGAGGUGACAAUUCAAUUGAAGAAGAUUCUCAAGCCUGGCAAAUAUUUGAUGGAUGCUUCCCAUUUGCAUUUACAGUGGCAGAAGAAGAGCAGACUUCAUCUGAGAAGUACGAUGGAGGUUCAGUUGUUGUUCGAGUAGUUGGAGAGCUAAUACCUUCCCUUCCGAAGAGUGGAAUAGAAGGAUUGAAGAAAUUGAUGGGCUUGUGAUAGCAUUCUUUGAGGCUUUGGUGGUGCUCUAUCAGAAUACCCCAGAAGGCUUUUGAAUGUUUCUGCAUUCUUUUACCAGUUUGCCCCACACCCUCUUCUGAAAUGGAGGUCAUCCUUCUAAAUCUCGUGGGCCAUGAGCUGCAUCAUAUUAAUGGAAAUCAAGUGAAGUUAUACAGAGUUUAUUAUGUGGACUUCCAACAUGGCAAUGUGUUUCUAAAGCUGCCCAGAUGAGGAAGCUGUUUUUUGUGUCUCAAGUCUGGUAAUUAAGUCAUGGAAUGGCCAUCAAGAGCAGAUGUUGUGCUUCGAAUAUAAGAGAAAAAAGAAAGAAAGAAAGAAAGAAAGAAAGGAUGCUGUCAGUGCAAAACGGGAAAUUCAAUCGUCUACGUAUUUGUUUAUUCACCCAAUUUUUUUAGAUGUAUGCCCUUGGAAAAAGGAAUAUUACUGACAGCGUUACAAAUUGUCUAAUAGAUUGAGGGGAGUAAGUAUAGUUUCCCCCUAUUGUAAAUAUAAACUUGCUUAUCAUUAGUGUUGAAUGGUACUGGUAAUGGUGAUGGUAUCAUGGUGGUAUAUAGAAUUGAGUGUGCCAUUCACGUAGUGGUGGCGAGACAUGAAAAAUGGAGGUAGUGAGAGGGUUUUAGUAACAAAAUGAAACUAUUAAAUUUGAAAAAUGAUUGGGGUAUUAUAACUUUUACUACAAUUUUCAUAUAAACUGAUGUGGUAGUUCUUAAUUGG